GGGAAAAAAAGUUUUGUUUCCGUAGGUUACUAAUAUGUUAAUUAGCUGUGGCGGAGUGCGACCCGAUUGGCUCUUCGUCCGAGUCAAUUUCCCAUUCCAGCCUGACGUCAGUGCACUUAAACUCAUCUGCUGUGUGUGAUCCCUCUAAAAAAUCGGCCCCACCAGUCAGCGGCUGUACAACGUGUGCGGCUGCAUUCACUCCCGUCACUCUCGUGCUCUUCUCCCCGCUCCGCGUGCGCAAUGUCUCCAUGAAGGACAAAAACAAACAAACAACCCGUAAAGUGUUAAAUGUUUGAGAGACAAGAGCGAGUUUCACAUGCUGAAAACGGACUCCGCUCCUCGUGCGCGCGGCACUGCUGUGUCUGUGUGUGAAAAACUCCUCCACGCUCGCGCCUGCAAGUGAGCGGCUGCAAAAACCAGGACGCAGAAAAACCCUUCAUUUUUCACUCUCGAGACAAACGCUUUUUUUUUUUUUUUUUUACAAAAAUCAAACUGGCUCACGUUUUCCCCAACCAGCCGAGUUUGACAGCUGCUCUUCACCCCAUUUGGAGGACUGUCAGCAGCAGCAAGAGGAUGGCAUCAGAGCUGGCAAUGAGCAACUCCGACCUGCCCACCAGUCCCCUGGCCAUGGAAUAUGUUAAUGACUUCGAUCUGAUGAAGUUUGAAGUGAAAAAGGAGCCGGUGGAGCCCGAUCGCAACAUCAGCCAGUGCAGUCGCCUUAUCACCGGGGGAUCCUUGUCUUCCACCCCGAUGAGCACGCCUUGCAGCUCGGUGCCCCCUUCCCCAAGCUUCUCGGCGCCCAGUCCGGGCUCGGGGAGCGAGCAGAAGACACACAUAGAGGAUUUCUACUGGAUGUCCGGUUAUCAACAGCAGCUCAAUCCAGAGGCGCUGGGCUUCAGCCCCGAAGACGCAGUCGAGGCGCUGAUCAACAGCAGUCACCAGCUCCAGUCCUUCGAUGGCUACGCCCGGAGCCAGCAGUUCGCUGGCGCAGCCGGAGCAGGAGGCACCAUGGCUGGGGAAGAGAUGGGCUCCGCAGCGGCGGUGGUGUCGGCAGUCAUCGCUGCGGCAGCGGCUCAGAACGGAGGGCAGCACCACCACCAUCACCACCACCACCACAACAACGGCCACCACCAGGCGCCCGGCGUCCAGAGCAACGGCACUUCGGGCACAAGUCACCCACACAUGCGCUUAGAUGACCGGUUUUCUGACGACCAGCUGGUGUCCAUGUCUGUGCGGGAGCUCAACCGGCAGCUACGGGGGGUCAGCAAAGAAGAGGUGAUCAGAUUGAAACAGAAGAGGAGGACCCUAAAGAACAGAGGCUACGCGCAGUCCUGCCGCUUCAAGCGGGUCCAGCAGCGGCACGUCCUGGAGGGAGAGAAGUCGCAACUCCUGCAGCAGGUCGAGCACCUAAAGCAGGAGAUCUCCAGGCUGGUCCGGGAGAGGGACGCGUACAAAGAAAAGUAUGAGAAGCUCAUCAGCAACGGCUUCAGAGAAAAUGGAUCCAGCAGUGACAACAACCCUUCAUCCCCGGAGUUUUUCAUGUCAUCGAGAAAAUUCCUCCAUCUGUGAUUUCCAGCUCCGUUCCUCUGUGCCCUUGGCUUCCUGAGAUAACCAAACGGCUGAGCAGUGACGACAUCAGAGUGGCCGACCAAUCGCACGAAGGCACCUACAAAGCACAACAUUCAAAAAUGACUUCACAGAAGAACAAAAGACAAAAAAACCUGCUGAAAUCCCUCAAAAUCCCUACAGUGAAAUUU